GACAGAGAAACACAGAUUAGAAUACAAGUUAACUCGAAAGAAACGUUCUUAAAUUACGAUUUAAUUUAAAUUAGUUUAACGAUUAAAAGCAAUCCAAAAUGCCCGUACACGUUGAUCUGACUUUAGAAGAGGUGACCAGGAUUGCCUUGGGUGUGCCCGAAUUGACCCAAGUAAACGUGGCUGUACUCCAGAGUCUGCUGAAUGUCCUGCUCAAGAAGCUUAACUGCCAGAAUGAUAUGGUAAGAAUCAGUGGCUUCGAAGGCAAGUGCAUGGAGCGAAUCCUUGAGCAGUCCAAGAUUUCUCCACUACCCUUCGAUGUGGAGGCAAUUGUACCCAUUUCCGAGAAACUAGACAAAGUGGGGGAGUUGGAGGAACGUGUCAAGCAGCUGGAGUGCAAGCUAGAUUGCCACUUCAAGCAGAUUCGCAUUUGCAACAAGACCAAGGACCACAAGUUCAAGAUCAACCAGGCUGAACAGUAUGCAUCGCCUUGCGAGGAUCUCUGCACUGUAUGCGACGAGGAGAACAAGAUCGCCUGUAGCCUACUGGCCAACAUGGACUUUAUGAAGAAACUAAUGCGACGCAUAGCCACUCCCAUCCUGGACCAGAUGGAGGAGGUUAGCAGGAAGCUGGAAAAGUUCUAUAUCACACUUCAGGCUUUCCUCAAGCAAACCGAGGCACUGUUUAAGCGUUUGGAGAUAGUCAAGCAAUGUGUGGUGGAGAUCGAAAACUUGAGGACUCUUGUCCAGGAGUACAACAUAACUUUCCUGGGAACCAUGGAGGAGCUGCAGGAUAUGCUGGACAGCAAGUUGGACAAGGUGCACAUGCCGGCUUUGAAGAAGUACAUACGAGAUCGUUUCGAUGAUAUUGAUCGGCGUUUGAGACUGAUUGAGGAAAAGGAUGCCUGCCCAAGAGCUGCUGGAUUCAUAAACAAGGGCUUGUGCUGUCUAUCUUGUAAUAACCCCAAUGUGGGUGUAGAUGUGGGUCCCCAAGUCAUGGGCGUUUUUCCUGAUGCCCCGCUUAGGCAUAUACCCCAAUUGUCCGGCACUCCAGCCAAUUGCCAGAAGACCGUGGUUUGCCGUUCCGUUGAGAAGGAACCCACCCUAUUGGUGCGGGUUAAUAAUCUUGAUUUAAGUGUCCUCUCCCAACGUCUUAAUCGUCCUGCCUCGGGCAAAGUUUGCAAACUGCCCGAAGCCAAUGAUGCCAUCUAUGGCGUUCGCAGUUCCUGCGUAUCCGGUUAAUCACUAAUCACUAGUCUAGUCCCAGUCCAAAUCCAUUCGUUUAAGCAAUAAAACAUAUAUGUAAAUGCGGUUCACCCCUCUCAAGGCUGUUUCCGUUAAGCCGCAUAAAAAGUGUACUAAUUUAGAUUGCAAUUACCGGGGGGGGUUGGAUUGGAGGUAAAAGGCAUGCAGAUAAAGAUCUCAACUCCACGACUUGACUGCAGCCAGCUGCAGUUUUUAUAGUGACAAACGAUCAGCCAUAUCCGGUAGCCCACGGUGGACUAAUGAUGGCAUUAAGCGGCAGCUGAAAGGUCCAUGCUGGCCAUCAUUAUCGUGGGGUUUGGGUGCAGUUCUCUCUGUGUUCGUCGGGGGGAUUCCCGGCCUUUGGGGAGAUAUUGGUAUCGCGGGUAUUCGCUUACCAAUGAGGGGGUUCGAUAUAAAAAAAAGGAGAAAUUUGCAAGUCAUACUCUACAGAAUUCUGGCUUUAUGUUUAUUUAAUCUGCUGCUUGUUUAAACUAAACAUUUUUGUUUAAGCAGGGAACAGCUAGGUGAGAGAUAGUAUCUGCUUUCAGGUUUUUGAUGACAGACAGCCGAAACCAUUAAGAAACUGAUAAAAACCUGAUAGAAAUCUGACAGGUUAAUAUUUUUUAAAUAAAGAACUUAAUCAGUCUUAAAUAUUUCCUUUUCAAUUAUGUUUUCCCAAAGAGUAUCUCCAUCUUCGACUAGCCAAGCACCUUUCUUGCGGCUUCGCGACUUUCGUUGAGCUCGUAAGUAUUCAAUAAAAUCGAAUCGAAUCUUGGAGGAUUGGCUUGUCUUGUCUUAGCUUGUCGCUGCGUCUGUUGGGUAAUUUAAUAUAAUUUUUAUUGCAUAAGCCGCGACUAGACUGUGGUGAGAGGGAGGAGUUGAGGAGUGUGUGUGUGGUACUCAGAUAGUAGAUGCUACUAAAGCCUGGCAUUCAUAAAUUGCCUGGCUGCCUGGCGCUGCUGCUGUUGUGGCUGCCACAUGCGAUACCUGUGCGAAAAGGCCAUGACUCCCCAGUUUUACUCCUUCCAUAUAACCCUACCAUAUCUAUGUUUUUCCUUACCCCAGCCUUUAGCUGCCUCGUGACGCAUAAAAAUGCGCGUUUAAUUUGCUUAAUUAUGCACAGAGCAAAGCCCAGUCCCCCUCUCUAAGCCGUUUUUUCAUUGGCAGCUGCUUUCCCUGUUUUCCUAAAUUGAAAUCUAGACGCUGGUUUAUGUUCGUUGUCGUUUAAUUAACGCUAUCCCCCCUUCCCCUUCCCCUCCUCUCUCUGUAUCUCUUUGAUUUCUUUGGCAUUUAUGAAAAUGUUUUCAUUCGGCGGUUCUUUCGAUUCGGGUUAUCGAUUCGGUGAUCGCUGAUGGUGGCUUUUCUCUGUUUCUCCACUUUGGAAAUUGUUUGUUUGUUUUGGGUUCGCCGGUUUUCUGUUUUCUUUGUUUAUCUCUGCAUCGGAUUGCACUACAAUGCACUCGGAAAAAUGGGAAUUAAUCUUAAUCGAAGAUGUCUUAGGAGUUUUUAUAUUUGAAAUUAAAUAGCUUUCAGGUUUACUGACUUAAACUGACUGUAAAGAAUAUCUUUUAAAUAGAAAAGAUACCUCUAGAAAGUACUAUAUUAUUUCUCACAGUGCACUCAAGUGUGUGGCCGUCGUUGGCCGAGAAAAAUUGAAAUGCGAAACGAGUGCAAACUUUAGUUUAUUUCCAUAGCCGUUUUUCCAAUUAUUCGCGCUGCUGCAGCAGCUGCUAUAUAGCUAUAGCUUUAACCGAUGAGGUUGUUUUUGCUGUCGCUGCUGCUGCUGAUGUGGGCAGAUUUCGAUCAGUUUGCCAGCUGUACUCUUUCUUUAGGCCCCGCCCCGGA